GUUUGCUUACUCUUCCCCUUGCUUACUCUUUUCUUUUAUGCUAACUGCUGCUGCCAGUAGAAGCCCUUCUAAGGGCAUGUCUUAAACUAAAGGACUCAGACAUCUGACUGCCAUUGAAUAUGGUGAGAUCCUCCAGACUGGUAGGCUCGGCUCCAACAUCCUCUGAGGACAAUCCAGUAGAAAGUCACUGACCUCUAAAAGGAGAGCAAUUCCCAAAAUGACAAGGCAAGGUAACAUCUUUCUUCUGAAUAUGCAGAACAUUGGCAUUCUCCUUGAAGAAGAGGCAACAAACACUGAGUAGCAGGCAUUUUCAAGCAUCUCUCCAAUCGGCUCUCAGCAACCACCAGUGACUUUUCAUAACUGUUUGGGCUACUUGCUCAUGCCACUGCUUUUCUGGUCACAAAACAAAGCCAGAGUCUUUCCAUUGAUUUCCAAUACUAGUAUUGAGUUGUACUGAGUCUCACCAGAUUCCAGGAGAUAUAAUGAAGAAGUGCACAGAAUCACCACAAACCUUGCUGAUAGACCCUUCUUUUUUUCAAAAGGAGAAUCUGAUUCCACAGCCACAAAGAAAGUACUGUCUGAGGGAAACUGCUCUGAGAAGUAACAUCAUGCCUGCUCUGACCACCCCAGUGAUAUCUGUACCCUGAUCAGUUAAGCAUUUCACCCAGUUUCAUGGUGACCCUGUUAAUCAUUCAGGAUUUUUUGUUCAAGUGACUACCUACUUUCCAGCGUUCAAGAUUCCCAAUCCUGCAGCUGAUGCCCAGGUCAAGUUCUUUUCUGACUACCUGUCUCAGCAGAAGAAAUUUUUUGGAAUAGUAUCUGAAUAUGACCAGAGUAUUCCACUGAAGCAAAAUGAAAACUUUGUUCUUGAUUUCCAGCCGUCAUUUGGUGAAGCUAUAAAACAAAAAAUGAACCAUCUGAUGGAUGCUAAGGUUGACAGAGGGGACAGCACCUCUCAGCAAGAUGUUACUACUUUCCAGUUCUUUUCUCAAAAUCUGAGCAGUAAUAAAACAAAUCAAGGAGAAAAAUUCCAAGAGAGAUUGUCUGACCCCAUCCAGGAUGAAGGAAAUGUCACAGGUAUGAUGAGAAAUCCCCCAGAUCUGAUAAUUCAGUGCAUUCAGUUGGACAAGAAAUAUAAUGACAGGCCAGAGCUCUUACAAUCAGAAACUCAGCCCCCAUUAUUGGCUUCCCUGAUCCACCACCAAUCCCUCUCCAGCUCCAUAGGUUCACCAUCCAAGCAAGAGCCUAUACAACUCCGGGGAGGCCAGUUACCUCUCACUCCAGCUAAAAGAGCUCACCAACAGGAAACUCAGUUGUGCCUCUACUGCAGCCAGGCUGGUCACUUCACAAGAGAUUGCCUUGCCAAACGUUCUCGAGCCCCAGAAAGGACAAAUGACACAGCUCACCAGUAAGAAGAGCCUAGAAGGUCACUUUGUAAAUUUAUAUCCCUCUCAUCCCCAGCCUUACUGAUUUGUAUCCUGCACUAACUCUAAAAUACAAAUGGAGAACUGUGACACCACUUUACAUGCAACUAUGAACUCCUGUGCUUUGGGGAAUUUAAACAACUAGAUCUCGUUCAUUGGGAGCUGACUAUUCACUGAUGAACUAAUAAUGAUGAAAAAAAUCAGUUACUUCUAUAGUUGGGACCAAUUCCUCCAAGAUUAUUGAAAGUUUGCAGGCAAAACUCUCCCCAGUCUAAGCCAAUAAAAAUAGGCUUGAAAGUACAUUGGGAAUCCUACCCUCAGCAAUGGAUGAGUUUCAGUUGAAUUUAUUGGGCUAAAUGCUGUAUUGUGUGAGCCUAGGAAUUAACCCAACACUUUCAUGUGCUCCCUCAUUGAUCUGUAUCUUAGUUUCAUCUUGGCUUAGGUCUUUUGCCUGAAGUACUAGUUGCAUUACCAUAUCCUGCUAAUAUUAUCCUUCUAAAGACUAGAUACUGCUCCAUUUAUUGACUGAGUUUAGUUUCACCACAAACCAAUCUUCCUGGAACUACAGCUUUGCCAUCCAUCUACACAGCUAUAUACUUUUUUGUAAUCUAAAGAUUUCUUGCCUAACAAACUGCAGCUCCUGACUAUUGAAAAACCAGAUUGUAUGACCAUUUGAACACUACUUGGAACUGUUGGACUCUUCUGACCAGCAUAUACUGUUAGCUAUAUCUUACCAAUCGCAGUAAUUUCCCAUCUUUAGUAAUGAUCUUAUUUAUGAUUUCAGAAUAUUUUAUGGCUAUGUCAAAAUGGUUUAAAAUAAUGACCUCUGAAAGAUAUUUAGUGAGAGUUGAAGAAGAUGCCCUAUCAUAAUUAUCAUAAUUAUGGUUUGCAUCAUAUUUUUGCAUCCUUGAACAGGGAAUAUGGUCAAACAUAUCUCUACUGUAGGGGACUCAACUUGGUCACUAUCUGGGAUCAUUUUCCAUUGCUUUUGAGCUCUAACCUUAUAUACCACACCUCUGGGGUCCCUCAUCUAACUGAGAAUCUUGAAAAGCAGAGUUGCAGACAACUUUCUGAACCAGCUCAUCUGGGAAAACUUGCGGCACAUACAUGAUCACCAUCUGUGUAUAAAAUUCAAGAAGUAGGGGAAUUUGAUUGCUUGUAUUGUACUUUUGACCCAUAUCAGCUCUGUAUAUAAAAGGUGAUGCUUCUAGGCAUAGCUCCCUAAAGUGCUAAGGGUAUCCAGAGAGGAUCAGCAGUUGCUGGUAAUUACCAGUCCUCUGGUCCCUGCUACUUCAUGCUGAUAUAUAUCCCCAUCAUGGAUUGCUUGAAAAUUAAUAAUUUCGUAUUCCUUCGCAGUCAUAAAGCCUUUCAGAACACAGAGUACCAUUGUACUUUGGCAUUUUUCCAGGAAAACUGUUCUAACUGCUCAACAUUUGAAUACAGCUAGCUAUUACUACUCUCCUCCUGUAGCACAAACACAUCUUUUCACCCAUCAGUGUAUCAUUAACUACUAUGCCAACCUUUACUCGCAUGCACAGGAUUUCCUUUAUCAAUACCUUGCUAUACACCCACAUUACUCCAUAAAUUCCCACAAUAAGGAGACCUCAGUGCACAUAUUCUAGUUAUGCUGAGAAAUCUCUACUGUAGUACCAGGAUUUUCUGAGCUCCUCCAACAGGUAGAUCUGUUUGAACUUUGAGCAAAUAGGAUUACCUGGUGGUAUCCUUAUCUAUUUCCACUAAUUGUUUUUUUUUUUAAACUAAACAGCUAAAUCAAUGGUCUCCAAUCACUUUCUUCACUGAUUCCAGUAUGUUCCUAGAAUGCCAAUAGGAUCAUACAGGUGACUUGAUCACCAAUCUUUCCUUAUUUUAGGACCAUAAUUUAUCAUUGCAAGCUCUCUCAUAAAAAUGUAGCACCUUAUUUCUGUAUGUACAUUCCAUUUGCAGCAACAUUAUCUUCUUCCUAAAAAAAAUCUUCUGACUACAUAGUCUCUUAGAAAUGAUUAUUUGUCUAGGUCUGUGAACUUCAGUCACUUCCCACUUCUUUAGGUCCCUUUCUGAGGUACUUCCUUCAAGGGCCUCUUGUAUACUAUGUAAUUCAAUCCUAUAGCCAGGCUGAGCAUAUUAAUUGGAAUCUGUGAAAGUGCUUUAUUUAUUACUACCUAGCAGCCAUUUACCACUUCAAAAUUUUGUCAUAGUGGCACUAUCGACUAUCACCUUUAACUAGAAUAAUUCAUUUCUUAUGAUGAGGGGUUGCAAAGGAGUGUCCUCAGAACUUAUAGAUACAUAAAUUUUGCUGAGAGCGAAACUAAUGAGAACUCACAAGGCUUAAGUGAGAUUUAACCUAUUAAAAAUGUAGUCUGUGACUGCAAAGGCUUAGGGAGCCUCGUAGUUCCAAUCAAAAAUAUAGUUUUAGAGAAGUAAAUCUGCUACAUAACUGAUGCCCCUGGCAAGGUAGGAGCUAAUCAUUUGUGAUAAAUCUGAAAAAUAACAAAAAUGGUCUGCAUCAAAUCUGGAAAAGGGGAGAAAGAAAGAAACAUAGGCAUUAGUGGUCUCCCUAUCCUCAGAAUUGGGAUGCAGACCAACAAGCCAUUGGCACUCUACUCUUGCAAUGGGCUUAAGGCAUAAGAUCAACCCAAUUUGUGUCAUUAAUCAAUAAGGUUGAUACAUAUCUCUCUUUGUUAUGACUCUGUGCUCUCCAAGUAAUCUUAUUGUAAUUGCUUUCUUAUAUAAACUUUAUUAUGGGAAGAAUAUUCGCUAAUCAGCUGAUGUAACUGUUCUCACCUAUUU